UGGUGUCAGACUUAGGAGGCUGCAACAGAAAGAGGAAGAGGAAAAGGAGGCUGCGGCUGGAGACAGCGAAAAAUAUUCAAAUUAAGAGAGUCACAGCAGUUUGGGGUUUCUUUCUACAGGAAUCCCAGCAUGUUCUUGUUGGACCUUGUGGUUUUAAUUCCCUGAGCAUACUCCUGUCCAUCAAAUUCCACUUCUAAUGAAAUUAACUUUUGGGGGAAACUGAGGAAUUAAGCUGGUGGGAAUGGUUUGCUCACUUGCCAAAGGGGGUACAGCCACACUUUCUUCCUACUGAAGACCUGAAAUAAAACCAAGAGGAACUCUUCAAACAACAUGUGUCCUGUCUUUGUCUCCAUGCCCUGGUCACCGGCUAUAUUUAUAAAACUGUCUAACUGACCUGCUGGACAAUUCAGUGCUGAUGGUGCAGGAGAUAAGGAAGGGAAAUUCCUAUCAACUGUUGGAGCCUGGGGGAAAAACUGAAACAGGAAAAGAAGCUGAGAUCAUCCUUUUUCCUUUUCUAUCUCCAGUGAUCCAGAGUCACAGUGACCAUAUAACCUUGUGUUUUGCAGAAGGUGCCAACAAGGGAGGGAAGCAGAGCACUGGGCCAAGGGAAGUAUCGGAGCAGAGACUUUUUUUUGUCUUUUGGACCCCAUAAACUGCUCCAGAGAUGAACAGCUCAGCCUCUGAGGUCUUCCUGAGCCCGUAUGAAGGCACUCCCCACCCACCACUGGUUCAGAAACGCCGCUGCUCAUCAGCCUUAGAAUCAUGCUCUUCUACUGUUGAAGACUGGGUAACAGCAGAUACAGAAGAAGAGGAUGACUGUCAAUUCCUAAAUGUGCAAAUGCGCAGGUCGGGUAACUUGAGGAGUUCUGCACAUGCCUAUGACGCCUUUCGAAGGCAUAGCUGGGAGCCUGGGAAAGUGCUUGAAGAACCAGAUUUUGAACAGCAGAGUGUGAGUCUGAAAGGAUUAACCCCCGAUGAGAUAGAAUCCUCCUCUGUGGGGCAGAUGGACAGGCAUGCUCGGGGCAGAAAGGACCCCCGCCGAAUCCCCAUCAUCCGGAGCAAUGAUGAGAUGGAGUCUCUUCUCUCCCAGGAUGAAGAGGAUGAUGACUUGGAAGUUGCUCAGGAACAUUCCAAGAGGAUGCAAGCAUAUCGAGCAGCCUCAAACUCCAUCUGUACUUCUCUGUCCAAGUCUGUUUCCAUGAGUGUCAUUGACAGCUACCCAGAUGCAGAUGAAGUCUCCCUUUAUACUGAUGCAGUGAGCCUAGCCAAUGGCUUUAUCACCGGGAGCUGCGGGCAGCUGGACACCACCACGGGGGAGGCUGAGGACAAGAUUCACCCGCAAAGGGAGGGGACCACCCUGGGGAGGACCCUUAGCUUCUUGAAAAAGAUGACGGGGAAGUCAAAGAACAAAGAGAAAGAAAGGAUGAAGGAGAAAGAAAAAGACGCCCGCUACACCAAUGGGCACCUCUUCACUUCCAUCACUGUUUCCGGCAUGACCAUGUGUUUUGCCUGUAACAAGAGCAUCACAGCCAAAGAGGCGCUGAGUUGUCCCAACUGCAAUGUCACCAUCCACAACCGCUGCAAGGAUACUUUACCAAAUUGUACCAAAGUCAAGCAAAAGCAUCAAAAGGCAGCCUUGCUCAAGAACAAUUCAGCAUUGCAGUCGGUGUCCCUGAGGAACAAAACAACCAUUAGGGAACGCCCCAGUUCUGCCAUCUACCCCUCAGAGAGCUUCCGCCAUACCCUGCUGGGAUCCCGCCGGGGCCGCCCCACUUUGUCCCUUUCCAAAAGUGUCUCUACCACCAACAUUGCAGGGACUUUCAAUGAUGAAUCUCCCUUGGGCAUCAGGAGAAUCCUGUCCCAGUCCACCGAUUCCCUUAACAUGCGCAACCGAACACUGUCAGUAGAAUCACUCAUUGAUGAAGGAGCUGAAGUCAUCUACAGUCAGCUGAUGAGUGAUUUUGAGAUGGGGGAGAAGGACUUUGAGGCCGAUUCCUGGAGCCUGGCAGUGGACAAUAAUUUUUUGCAGCAGCACAAGAAGGAGGUCAUGAAACGACAAGAUGUCAUUUAUGAGUUGAUUCAGACAGAGCUCCACCAUGUACAGACGCUGAAGAUCAUGACCAACCUCUUCCGGAAGGGAAUGUUGGAAGACCUCCAGAUGGACCCAGCUGUAGUGCAGAGCAUGUUCCCCUGCGUGGACGAGCUCAGUGAAAUCCACGACCGCUUCCUCGUGCAACUCCUUGAGCGCCGCAAGGAGUCGCUAGCCACCGACAGCAACAAGAAUUUUGUCAUCAACCGGCUGGGAGACAUCCUUGUGCAGCAGUUUUCAGGCACCAGUGCCGAGCAAAUGAAAAAGGCCUACUCAGAGUUCUGCAGCCGCCACAGCAAGGCAGUGAAGCUUUACAAAGAACUCUUCACCCGGGACAAGAGAUUCCAGCAGUUCAUCCGAAGGCUGACACGGUCAUCAGCAUUACGCCGUCAUGGUGUGCAGGAGUGCAUCCUUCUGGUCACCCAGCGCAUCACUAAAUACCCUGGGCUAAUUGACAGAAUCCUGCAGAACUCCAAAGGUAAUGAAAUGGAUCAGAGGGACCUGAGCACAGCCUUGACGCUGGUCAAGGAACUGCUUUCCACAAUCAAUCAAGAGGUGCACGAUUAUGAGAAGAAUACUCGGCUGCAGGAGAUCUACGGGCGAAUAGAUGGGCGUGCCAAGGCCACCCUGUCCAAGGAGCGAGGUUCUUUCUGCAGCGAGGAGCUACUGCGGCGCAAGCUGGUACAUGAUGGCUCCAUGCUCUGGAAGACGGCUGCUGGGCGCUUCAAAGAUGUCCUGGUUCUCCUUAUGACGGACGUUCUCAUCUUCCUGCAGGAGAAGGAUCAGAAAUACAACUUCCCCACACUGGACAAGCCGGCUGUGAUCUCACUCCAAAACCUGAUUGUCCGAGAUAUUGCCAACCAGGAGAAGGGCAUGUUCCUCAUCAGUGCUGCCCCACCAGAAAUGUAUGAGGUGCACACCGCCUCCCGUGAUGACCGGAACACCUGGAUGAAGCUCAUCCAGCAGACUGUCAAGCUAUGUCCUGACCGGUCUGAUUUUCCACUCAUUGAGACAGAGAAUGAAGCCUCUCUGCGGAAGCUGAAAGAUAAGAUUCAGCAGCGGGACCGGGAAAUUGCAGAACUCCUUGAGGACAAAGUGGGGCUCUUUGGUGAUAUCCUGGCCCUUCAGAGUUGUAGUGUGGACGGCCCCCUACCCUGCAUGAACUCCCGCACUCUUUUUCGCACUGAAUCAUCGGAUACCCCCCAUGGCGAGAAGCUGAUCCAGGAGGCCAUCAAAGAAGUGGAAUUUCUGAAGGAUUUGUUUGUGGGACCCAGCUGGGAUCGAGACCAAAACCACACACAUGAUCCAAAUGGUUGUUCCAGCCCAAACCCCAAUAACACUACAAAUGGGGAAACUGGAAGCAUUAAUGGCUCCCAUGAAUUCAACAGAGUUGAAUCCGAAUCAAACCAACGUGAUGGGAAUGGAAACCAGCUACAACAGAAAGUAUCACAGGAGGAGGUGCUGCAACGGCUCAGGACUGUAUAUUCUCUGCUUCACGGCUUGCAGGCAGCUGUGGCACAUCAGGAUACCCUUCUGGAGCUCCAGCUGCAGGAAGCAGGCGAGCGGCGGGAGAGGCUGAUCCGCACCAAUUCACGCAAGGAAGCCUCCUCGUCCACAGCAGAUAAGCAGGCCACUGACCUCUCACUGCUGCAAAAGCAACACACACUGCUGCAAGAGGAGCUGAGCCGCUGCCGGCAGCUCUGCCAGGAGAAGACUCAGGAGGUUACGGCUCUGGAGGCAAGGCUGAGGGAGAGCGAGCAGGAGAGAGCUCGGUUGGAGCGGGAGGUGGAAGAGACCCGUAAGCAGGCAGUGGCCCUGCGGCCACCUGGGACGAUCGUGGAAGCCAUAUGGGCACGAAAGGGGGCAGAGCCCCGGAGACGCAGCUUGCCGGCCGGUGAUGCUCUGUACCAAAGCUUCACUCCACCUCAGCAGCAGAGCCGAGGAGGUGACCCUCUCUCCCCCAGCUGCCUCACAUUCCAGCGGACCUUCAUCAAUUGCCAACGGGAUGAGAUUGGCUACCAUGGCAUGCCCAACAGGCUUCCAGAGGGUGACCAGGACUUGGAAGUGCUGUCGGAGGAAGAAGGCGUAGAAAUCCAACGUACUCCUCCUUCUAGCCCGCGAGAUUUCCUGAAGAUGCAGGAGAUAUCUGAUUUUCCGAAGAUGCAGGACAUUCCAGAGGAGGUUGAAAGCAGCCAGGAGCUGAACGUUGGAGAUAACGGUGCUUCUUAUAGUUAGAUUUGGGAGUGAGGGGGGGACCAUCCCCAUACCUUCCUAAAGCCAUCGGACAGGGACUGCCCCCCCUGCCAGAGACCACCACGUCUCCAAUCAAAACCACAACAUGGAACUUCAGGGACCUGGAAAGACCACACCAAACUAACUUUGGGUGGGUGGGAGUGAGCUUAGUGGAAAACCACGUCCUGAGAGUGGGGGAAGGGACAGGGAACUGAGCCACAGCACCCCACGGGACCACUGCUUUGCGGCCUUUAUAACUCCUCAUUGACGGACGAUGGAUUUGGAAUUCUGUUGUUGUUCUUGUUGUUGCCCUGCAGGUUCUCUUUCCAAUUCAGACUAGGGCGAGAGGGAGUCAGGUACCACAGAUGCCUACUGUUGCCUCUUCUAACCCACCCACCUCUCCCUGCCCCACUUCCAAGCAGUUUAAUUUAUUUAUUUUGGGGUAGGGAACAGGAGGAAGCUGCCCCCUUCUGGUGAAGGAUAUAUUUAAAUUAUUAUGAUUAUUUUUUUUUUGCUUUUUCUUGGGACUCUGUGAAUACACAGGAAAGUCUUAAUUUUCCUGGUAAUCCUCUCCAAUUUAAGAGCAAAGAGGGAAUCUGUCAGACAAGAUGACUCCAGGUCACAGCUUUCUUACACUAUACUUGUGCCAACACUAUGGAGCGGGGGUGGAGCUUGUGUGUCCACCCGUGUUCAAGGGUGGAGUUUAACCCUGCAAGCUGCUCCAUUGCUGGUCUGAAUAAUUUAACUGAGGGGCCUGGUUGUUUUGGGAUUCUGUAUUCCUUUUGAUGGUCUACAUAAGAUAUUUUUGACACACCUUUGCAGUGAGGGGAAAAAAAUGCCACUCAGAAUGCACGCCACCCUGGGGAGGAACUUUGUCUGCUGUGUUAACAGAAGGAGAGCAAUCACAAAUCUCCCAGUUGCAAGCCCUCUUUAAGAUUGUGCCUAUGUUACAGAUGUGUCAGUUGGUUUUGUUCCAGUUUAAAUGCCAUGUGUGGUUUUUCCUCUUUCAACAAAAGUUGACAACUGCAGUAAGGUCACAAGGCUGGUGACCUUGUGGAAGGUGGAAUUCUCCACAGUUAAAAAGGUUGAAGCCCAUGCUGCUGAGACCACUGUUCAAGGUCCUUUAGCACUAUAAUGAAAUACCCUGGAUUGUCUUUAUAACUCAAAAUCACAAGGCAUUACUAUUGGGGCAAGCUGUGGGAAGGCCUAGGAAUGAAACUUUAAAUUGGGAGGAGCAUGGUAGUAACACAAGGUGGUACCAAACAUCUGCUAUGCAUUGUGGGAUUGCGACCCAUAAUUGGCCUUGCAAAAUGCCAUGUGCUCUUGAGAUCUAUGCCAUACAUGGCAAACACUUCCCCCUAGAGGGUGAUGCUGGAAUAAAAGUCCCCAACAUCUUUGACAUCAGUGUUUCCUGUAAUGGCAAGAAAUGGAAGAGGGGACACCACAUGCAAGACCAUCAGUUGACAGUUAGUGGAAAGGGAAGUCAUAGAGCCUCUUUUCCUUGGCUGACAGAAGAGCCAACUAAAUGGAAAAUGGUGACUGGAAGGCCCCAUCUGAACCUUCUUUGUGAAAAUUAUUAUUUUAAGCAAAGUUGACAAGAAAUGAAAAUGCUCAUGGCAGGAAAAAUAAAAAUUACAGUUACUUUCUUUUUACACCAAAGCUGGAGAAUUUUUGUUUUCAAAAGAUACCUGUCAAGAAAAAAUAUAUAUUAAUCCAGGGAUUCAAAAAGAUGGUUCAGAGUGUAUUUUGGUUCUUUUUACUGAUGAUUUAAGGACUUUAGACUGGGAUUUUGGAUUGUUUGACACAGGUGUGGACCACAGCUGCCACACCCACCAAACAGAUGUCCUACAUGUGCCUCAUUGAAAUCGGGGGUGGGGGGAGGAACAGCUCCUGCACAGUGGGCCUCACACUGGGGAAGCUCCCCUUGGUUCAAGCUCACUUAGAUGGCCCAUUGCAGGCUAGCUCCGGAGCCAAUACAUGUUGGGCAAAUGUUCUACCAAGUGAGUGUGAAUCUGAUUUGUAAGAUCUUCCCAUUUUUAUGCAAAUAAAGAAACAGAGAAGUCCUCCUUA